AUGGCAAUUUCUUCUGCUGGAAUACUCCUUCAUGAACUCAUACUGGAAAUUCUGUCAUGGCUUCCUGUAACGAGUCUCAUGCGAUUCAGUAAUGGAUACUCUCUGAAUGGCACUGUUAACUGGAUAGGAGCUUCUUUGGGAGAAUCGAGAACUAAGAAGCUACAAAUUUUGUCGUAUGAUCUAAAUAACGAUACUUUGAGAUGUUUGUCGGUGCCUGAAUUCAUCCCCAUAGAUUCUGGUUUUCCUUCUAUGGGAGUUUUAAAUGGUUGUCUUUGUGUUUCUUUAGAUAAAGGGAGGACAGUCUUUGUUGUAUUGGCAUUGAAGGACGUUAGAGACGAAAGAUCUUGGAGUCGGUUGGUGAGUGUAAGUUAUGAAACUCUGAAUAUCUCUCCUUAUUACUGUAAGGUGCGGAUUUUGUGCAUGUGGGGUGAUCUUCUGUUUCUCGCAUAUUCAAAUGGGGGUGCUUCCAAUAUCAUUAUCUUUAAUUUGAAGGAGAAUAAAGUAGAACGUACUCAAACUUACUACAAGAAAUUUCUCUAUUACAUCUUCUCGUGUCACUAUGUUCCAAGCUUGAUUUUGCCUAUUUGA